UCUCGUUUUCGUGAGAUAGAAACAACUUCCGGUAACAUUCACCAACAAGCUCAGAAACAUCAUCCAAGUUUGCAACAAUGCAGUCACACACAAUCCUACUCGUCCAGCCUACCAUCAGACCAGAGACAAGAACAUACUCAGAUUAUGAGUCUCUCAACGAAUGUUUGGAAGUAGGCAUCUGUAAGAUAUUCGAGGAGCAUCUAAAAAGAAGCAAUCCCCAGUCAUCCCAGAUCACCUAUGACAUCAGUCAGCUGUUCGACUUCGUGGAUGACCUGGCUGACCUCAGUUGUUUAGUGUACCAAAAAAGCACUGGCACAUACAUCCCCCACAACAAAGACUGGAUCAAGGAGAAGAUCUACAACAUGCUGAGGAAGCAGGCAGGGAAAUAGACAAGCAUGGACAACUUGUGAUAGAGACACUUGAUCUUUGUUGUGACGACUGUGUGGAAAUCAUGUCUAUUUCAACCAUGUCUAUUAUACCAGGCUGAGGCUGAUACACAGGGAUGAAGACAGUCCCCAUAGAUUAUCAUUUUAAUACAUUUACAAUUUUUUCAAAAAGUAUGUUCAUUUGUAUAAUUGGUUUUUUUUCAGGUCAUUUGCGUUAAUGUUUUAGAAUUUUGGAAUCUGGUAUGAAAAAAACGAUUUUAUAGAAAUAGCAUAGUUAUAGGACCAAAUAUUAAGUGAAUAAUCAUUCAAGAUGAAGAUGCUACUAACCAUCAGCCUCGUGAAGUAAUUGUGUUUUGUUUUGCCACACUGUGUGGCUGAGUUCAUUUCUCUGUUUCAUAUUUCUGUUUGUGUAUGAAACUCAAGUGUUAGAAUCAAGAUUAAUCUUUACUACAAGUAGUUUUUUAAAACUUAUUCACAAUAAUCAUCAUAAUAAAAAUUGCCUUUCAAGAAAAAUUCUAAAUCUCUAGUUACAGAAACAUGGAGGAACAGACUCACAAAACCUGAUUGGGUUCCUUUUCUGCUUUGUAUUUAUGAUGACGCCAACAAGUUGCUCAUUCAAUUCACUUGGCUAAGUUAUCUCCCUUGGGUAGGAAGCCGGAAGUUUGUUUUGGAAUGCCUUCCCUUCAUGAGUACUCUAGCUGCAGUAUUGGAAGCAUGCAGACUGUUGACGAUGUUAGUGUAUGUCAACUGCUUACUGUGUAGGAUUAAAUAGAUUGGGUGCUGUACUUGACAUGCUGACUUUCCAUCAAGGGAGAUAACUUUUUACCUUCAUUUUGUGUUCCAUUGGUGUGACUGAGAAAUUCAUAUUUCUGGCUGUCUGAUACUGUCUUGUGACAGCGUUUGUAGCUAUAUAUUCAUUUAACAUCAAUAAACUACCAUUUUCUCAUA